CACACUUGAGUCAAAUAUACAGAUCACACACACUCUCUCUCUCCAAAAGAAACGAAAAGGAAAGAUCAAUAAAAGGGGCCGAAGGAAAGGGGCUCUUCUCUCCCCUUUCAUACAGAGCACACAUCACAAACCCUUUUGUCGAUUCAUUUUCUGAUGCAGCUUUGAUUUGUAUUUGGAACAAUGAGAACAGAGCGAUCGAAGAAUUCCAAGUCUUCAUGGCCAAAAGUGGUGGUGCGAAAAUGGCUGAAUAUCAAGACUGGUGCAGAUGAAUUUCACUCUGAUUAUACAACAAAAGCUAUGGCGGAUGGAGGAGUAAGAGAAAGAAGUGAAAGAAGGAAGAGUUGCUCCGACAAGGACUGCUACGUCGUCGUACCGGAGGAGCUAUCGGGUUGGUUGAUGGAGGCCAGUGAUAGUAUCGGACGGCCAGGAUUUGAUGCCAUGCAACCAACAGUUACAGAUAACCUCAACCUCAGGAUGUUGGUGGGGACAUGGAAUGUAGGAGGGAAGUCACCACAUGAAGGCUUGAACUUGAGUGAUUGGCUAAGGACUCCUGCCCCUGCUGACAUCUAUGUUCUUGGGUUCCAGGAAAUCGUACCCUUGAACGCAGGAAACGUGCUAGGCGCAGAGGACAACGGUCCAGCCGCCAAGUGGCUCUCCCUCAUUCGCCAAACUUUAAACGACAACAGAACUGACCCUGAAAUUCCAAAAUAUUACAGCAAUGCCACCAACACUGAUCUGAAACAGUCACCACCCCAACCACCAAGUCUAAAACCAAGGCUGAGCUUCUCAGAUUUGCUCUCAUUAGAAGAUGAACUCAAUGGUGAAGAUUUUCAGAGGUUUCUAAGCCUGAAUUUGAACUCGAGCGAAGAAUGUUCGCCAAGCCCGCCUUAUAUGCUGAUGAGGCAUAGUCCCAUGCAGCAUCGGUACUGCUUGGCAGCCAGCAAGCAGAUGGUUGGUAUUUUUUUAUGCGUUUGGGUUCGAGCAGACUUGCGUCGGCACAUUAGCAAUUUGAAGGUCUCAUGCGUUGGAAGAGGCAUCAUGGGUUAUCUUGGAAAUAAGGGAUCGAUAUCAAUCAGUAUGACAUUGCACCAAACAACAUUUUGCUUUGUUUGCACUCACUUGGCCUCCGGAGAGAAAGAAGGCGAUGAAGUUCGAAGAAAUUCAGAUGUUAUUGAAAUUUUGAAGAAAACAAGGUUUACUCAUUUGUGCCACGUGCCCAGAAGAGCAGUUCCUCCUCCUGAAAACAUUUUGGAACAUGAUAAGAUUAUUUGGCUUGGGGACCUCAAUUAUCGACUUGCUUCUGGUUGCGGUGACGCACAUGAGUUACUGAAGAAGAAUGACUGGAAAACACUUCUAGAAAAAGAUCAGUUGAGGAUAGAGCGAAGAGCGGGGCGUGUAUUUGAAGGAUGGGAAGAAGGGAGAAUAUAUUUUGCUCCAACAUACAAAUACCUGGCCAAUUCGGAUAGUUAUGUUGCCCAAAAUUCUACAUCUAAAGAGAAGCGAAGAACUCCUGCCUGGUGUGACAGAAUAUUGUGGAAAGGUGAAGGACUAAAGCAGAUGUGGUAUGUGAGGGGUGAGUCCAAGUUCUCAGACCACAGACCAGUUUAUUCACUCUUCUCAGUUCAAGUCAAUCUCCCCAACAAGAAGCCCAAACCCAUUAGCCCCACCACCACCACCACCACCACCAACCACACUGCACCACCACUACCACCACCAUUGCUGUCGCCACCAGCCACCGCCUUGUCGUCAACAUGUGUUGCCAAAAUUCAAGCAACAGAGUUGUUGCUCCUAACCAGGGCACAAAGCUGCAUACAGAGCACACCAAGGUUUAGUCACAGCCCAAAAGUAACCCACCAAUAGGAUCAACACACCUGUACACAUACAUACUGACAAAUGACAUGUCGACAGGCGGCACCCGGGAAGCAUGGCCCCUGACACUGACACUGGUCCCGUGUCGCCGUAAUUUUUUAACGGCUUCGGAAUUAUUGACUGGGCUGGUGGUGUUCAUGAUUGGCCCAACCCAAGUGUCAUAUGUUGUUUUCAGUGGUUCAGAUGAAUGAUCAUAUACAGAUAAGAUAUUAAAAUCACAUGCGGGUUUUGGCGUGCCUGUUGCCGCAGCGUCCCAUGGAUGACACAUGGCUUGAUCAGGGGACAGUUUCAAAUAUGGGACUAGCUGGAACUUCUUGAUAAUCAUGAUGGUGUUCUAAAAACUGCAAAUCGACAUACAGAUUGAUUUUGAGCCUUUGAUGUGAAGAAUGUGCUUAGCUUUUGCAAAAGAAAUUUUUUUAAUUUUUUUUGGGAGGGUGUGAGGAAAGAGAGUAUAUUAUAUAGAUGGGUGACUGAUUAAAGCAAAGAAAGUGUAGGAUAAAAAGGUAAAUGGCUUUACAGAAGGAUAUAGUAGUUGUUGUAGGAGUUGGGAGGGCAAAAUGGUAAUUGUAGUUUGGAUAGGAGAAUUUUGGGUCUUGUUUGUUAUCCAUUUUAUAUCAUAUUGUCAAUUUUUGUUUAUCAUGAUGAUUAUACGUACUAACAUAGAAAAA